AAAAGAUGCAAUCACAAGCCCCUCUGACAGCUCGGCCCCUCUGCGGCUCCCCCGGAUUUCCGCCCUUCCGGGGUGACUUACGUGGGCGGCUUGACAUGUGAAAGAGGCCCUGUCCACCGAGCGCUGUGGUACUUAUCCCGUCUCUCUCAGCUCCACUCUUCUCGAACAACCCCAAAUCUUUGUUCAACAUGGCCAAGACAUUCUCAAAGGAUGACGUUGCCUCUCACAACAAGCCCGAUAACCUCUGGAUCAUCGUCGACGAGGAUGUCUACGACCUGAGCAAGUUCCAGGACGAGCACCCUGGCGGAAAGAAGAUCCUCCAGCGUGUUGCCGGUAAAGAUGCUUCUAAGCAGUUUUGGAAAUACCACAAUGAGAGUAUCUUGAAGAAGUACCAGAAGCAGCUCCAAGUCGGCUCCCUCGACAGCAAGCCCAAGCCCGCUGCUCCCCCCACACCACCAGCUACUCCCCCGGUAGAAGCUAAGAAGGAGGCUGCCAAGCCAAAGGCCGAGUCUGGCACUCUUUCUGUGACACCGGGCCCGGCGGCAGCGGGAGAGGUUGAAGCGCCUGAAGCGCUCGAUUCAUAUGGCGACUUGGUGCCGUUCGCGGACCCCUCGUGGUACCAAUCUUAUCACUCCCCCUACUUCAACCAGUCGCACGCCGACCUCCGCGCCGAAGUCCGCGAAUGGGUAGAAUCCGAGAUUAUUCCCAACGUCGGCGAGUGGGAAGAGGGCAAGCGUGUGUCUGAGGAUAUAUACAAACAGAUGGGACAGCGCGGGUAUCUUGCAGGCCUUAUAGGCGUGCACCCUUUCCCGACCCACUUGACGGAUAAGCGGAUUGCUAGCGUGCCUCCUGAGAAGUGGGAUCUCUUUCACGAGAUGCUACUAACGGAUGAAAUCUCGCGUGCUGGCUCUGGCGGUCUGGUCUGGAACUUGAUCGGUGGUUUCGGUAUCGGCUGUCCCCCGCUUGUCAAGCACGGAAAGAAGCCUCUGAUUGACCGAAUCCUGCCCGGUAUCCUGAACGGUGACAAGCGUAUUUGCUUGGCCAUCACUGAACCUGAUGCUGGUAGCGAUGUCGCCAAUCUCACGUGCGAAGCCAAACUUUCCGAAGACGGCAAGCACUACAUUGUGAAUGGCGAGAAGAAAUGGAUUACCAACGGCAUCUGGUCCGACUACUUCACGACCGCGGUACGGACGAGCGACAAGGGCAUGAACGGCGUUAGCUUGCUGCUGAUCGAGCGAUCCUUCGGCGGCGUCAGCACACGGCGCAUGGACUGCCAGGGCGUGUGGUCGUCAGGCACGACGUACAUCACAUUCGAAGACGUCAAAGUGCCUGUAGAGAACCUGCUCGGCAGAGAGAACCAGGGCUUCAAAGCCAUCAUGACGAACUUCAACCACGAGCGCAUCGGCAUAAUCAUCCAAUGCAUACGCUUCAGCCGGGUGUGCUACGAAGACAGCGUCAAGUACGCGCAUAAGCGGCGCACGUUUGGCAAGCGGCUGAUCGACCACCCGGUGAUCCGGCUGAAGCUCGCGCACAUGGCGCGCCAGAUCGAGGCCAGCUACAGCUGGCUGGAGAACAUGGUGUUCCAGUGCCAGCGCAUGAGCGAUAUGGAGGCGAUGCUCAAGCUGGGCGGCGCCAUUGCCGGCCUCAAGGCCCAGGCCACCACGACGUUUGAGUUUUGCGCCCGCGAGGCCAGCCAGAUCUUUGGUGGGCUGAGCUACUCGAGGGGUGGACAGGCGGCAAGGGUGGAGAGGCUGUAUAGGGAUGUGCGCGCGUACGCGAUCCCGGGUGGCUCGGAGGAGAUUAUGCUCGAUUUGAGUAUCAGGCAGUCGUUGAGGGUGAACAAGGUGUUGGGGAUGAAGCUAUAGAUUGGUUGAUGGGUGGUUAUGUGAAUAGUGAGGGUUUGAAGGGAAGCCUUGGUUGGCUAACGAUGGAUUGGUCCUGGGGAGUUUAUACCAGCAGCUUGCUGCGAAUUCAGGUUCUUUGACAU